AUGAAUCCCGAAGAAGACAUUCUCGAGCACCGCAUUCCUCUUAGUCCUGAACGGACUCAUACCACUCAUACUGUGGAUCAGUCUCACAGUCAUGUCAACCCUAAUCAAAGUCAACGGCCCAUUGAAUUAGUUUUUCAAAAUAUUUCCGUUUCUAUUAAAUCAAAAUCAUUGAGCGCUAAAUCACCACAAGAACGAAGAGUUCUUCGGGAUAUCAGUGGUUACGCCAAACCCGGACAGGUAUUAGCAGUAAUGGGACCGUCGGGUAGUGGAAAGACUACUCUCUUAAGUACAUUAAGUGGACGAUUGAAACCCAACUGCGGGUGCAUUACUAUGAAUGGCGAAGCAAUUAAUAAGCAAUUGAGACGUAAAAUAUGUUAUGUCUUACAACAGGACAUCUUCUUCCCCAGUCUUACUCUCAGACAAACACUAAUUGUAAGACCGAAAUAUACGGCACAACUCAGGCUUCCAGACUCAAUGGACUUUAAUGAAAAGGCCAGUCAUGUGGAGAAGAUUAUUGAUGUUCUCGAUCUAAGGCACUGUCAGGACACCAUAAUUGGAGAUAUUAUGAAGAGAGGCCUAUCGGGAGGCGAGAAGAAGAGGGCGAACAUUGCCUGUGAAUUGUUAACCAAUCCUAAUAUUCUCUUAAUUGAUGAGCCGACAUCGGGUUUAGAUUCGAGUACAGCUCAUAGUCUGAUGCAAACACUGAAGGACUAUGCGGUGAAAGAGAAGAAGACAAUUGUGGCCACUCUUCAUCAGCCAUCGUCUCAAAUGUUUUAUAUGAUCGACAAGUUAUUGCUGUUAUGUUGCGGACGAUUAGCCUAUUUUGGAGAUAUUUCAGCAGUUGUUCCCUUCUUCAAUGGUAUUGGUUUGGAGAUCAGUUCGCACUAUAAUCCGGCAGAUUUUGUUAUGGAGAAAGUGAAGAACACUUCACUCCAGGAGAAGAUCAUCACUGCAGCCAAAGCUCUGCCUAAAUUGCCUUCCGAUGAAUCAGACGACGCCGUUCUGACCCAUAGUUCCUAUAAGGAAGACCAGAGUCAUGAGUCACACAACUUUCACGAGGAAUCAGAUCAAUUGAUUGACAAUCACGAGAAUCUGAAACCAAUUGAAUUGCAUGUCGUUAUUGACGACGAGAAGGGUUUGCAUCGAGUGUACGAUAAGAUUGUUUGUGACGACGACUCCGGCAGGUCUUCUUGGUCUCAGACCGACCGCAGCUCAACCUCAACCUUCUCGUCCAACUGUUCAUACAAUGAUGAGAUUUGCAUUAACUUAUACUCGCAGCCAAUGGACCAGAAGUGGCCGACCAGCUUCUGGACUCAACUCAGAGUAUUAACGAAACGCAACUUUUUUGAAGCGCGACAUCGAAUGCUCUCUAAACUGAAUUGGAUUCAAACCAUUGCCUUAGCACUAGUGGCCGGACUUAUAUGGUUUCAAGUGGUCAGGAGUGAGGACACACUCAACGAUGUGAGGGGAUGGAUGUUCUUCACCACAACCUAUUGGAUGCUCUUUGCGCUGUUCGGGGCCCUCAUAUCGUUUCCCUCUGAGAGAGACGUCAUCAACAAAGAGCGAUCGUCGGGUGCCUACCGUCUGUCCUCUUACUAUAUCGCAAAAAUGAUUGGAGAACUUCCACUCACAAUAACCCUGCCGUCAGUAUUCUUCAUAAUAUCGUACCCAAUGCUCGGCUGGUCCAACACAUCCACAUUCCUCUCGUUGUGGGCUUUUCUCAUACUCUCGACAGUUUGUGCUCAAAGUGUGGGUCUAUUCAUAGGCGCCUCCUGUACUGACUUAGAAGUGUCGGUCACACUCUCGGCGUUGUACUCCUUGUCAACGAUGCUGUUCGCCGGCUACUACUCGGCCACAAUGCCGGUGUGGCUCUCAUGGCUGCGCUACUGCUCUAUCGUGUACUACGCCUUCUUGAAUAUGCAAAUGAGUGAGUUCUUCAACGGACCUCCAAUCAAGUGUUCAACAAAGACGUCCCAAUUCUUGUCGUGUAAUUUAAAUGAAACUCAUUAUCAAAACGAGAGUAUUUCGCAAACGAUUCCUUAUUCGGAACUAUCGGUUCACUUGGAUAUCAUGAAUGAAGGCUCUGAACCGCUGCCCAUUUGGUUCAAUACUAUAUACUCAGAUAUUUCCGAAAACCAAAAUAAAUGA